CUCGCCAUGGAGGGAUAAAACUGGCCGCACCGCCGCCCAGAGUGAGAGAUGGAGACCAAUGACCGCGCGGAGGUCUGAGAGAACCGAACAGAGCACUCUCUCCUUUGGCGGACGGAAACUUUUCGCACAGAGGGCGCAGCAGAGUCGAGCCGAGUCUCCGAGAAGUUUUAGAGAAAGAGGAGAACAAACAGGAGGGAGGAAGGUGAGAAGACAGAGACAGAGAGGACAGACAGAGAAAGAGAGAUUUUAUCUCAUCCUUCCAGUCGGAGGCUCGCGGACAUCCAGCUCCUCUAGCUGCUGUAGAACAAUGUGGAGCAGCAGGGCUCUGGCCUUCCUCAUCUACGGGCUCCUCGUGCACUGCGGCGCGUGCUCUCCGCUCGGCUAUCCGAGCGCCAGGCUGGACAAUGCAGGCUAUGAAGAGGGAGAUUCAGUAGCAGAUUUGGCUUUCGACAGUGACCAGAUUGCUCUGAGCAGUCCAUCAGCCGGGGACGAUGCCUACACGUUAUAUUAUCCUUCAGAGCAAAGAACGGAAAGGCAUGCAGACGGGAUGUUUAAUAAAGCCUACAGGAAAGUGCUGGGUCAGAUAUCAGCCCGGAAAUACCUGCAUUCUCUCAUGGCCAAACGUGUAGGAGGAGGGAGUGCGAUGGAGGACAGCACGGAGCCGCUCUCCAAGCGCCACUCAGACGGGGUCUUCACAGACAGCUACAGUCGCUAUCGGAAGCAAAUGGCCGUGAAGAAGUAUCUGGCCGCAGUCCUCGGCAAAAGCCCUGAAGACUUAGAUUUGCACCAAAUUCUACAAGACAUAGACAUUGAUGCGCUCCCGGAUGGGGAUGAGUUUGAGGCAUUUAAGUGGAACCUGCUGUGGCAGUUCCCUCCCGAUCUCCCGGUGAGUUCUGUGGCUCCGGUACCAUUUAGCCCUUUCCUUUUUCAGAGGGGGUGUCUCUCACUUCCUCCCCUCUCUCUCCCGUGAAGUUUCCCUCCCCUGUCAUCUAUCGCUUAAAUUUCACGAGCCAAACUCCUCUCCUUCCUCACCUGCUCACAACCCUCUUUGACAAACGCAUUGACUUUCACAUCAUGGAACCUUCUCAUUUUGGGCAGACUUAUCUCCAAACAUGAAUCCAAACGUGGGUUCUUUGUCAUGGACAAUCAAAAUAAGAGGUGAUGCGCCUUGAAGAACGCACUUGUAAUGUAUUUAGAGGUCUGCAAGACAUGCCUCUGUUUGAGCCUCCGCCCAGUCUUUCUCCUCUCCCUGUAAAAGCAUGCCUAGGCACCUUAUCUAUCAUCCUUCCAAGCUGUUCUUCUCAUCUCUCUAUUCAAAAGUGUGAGGGUCUUAGCCUGUGAAUGUAUUUAAUCCAUUGACUAGAAUAGUACAGUUCAGCUCUUCUGGUGGUGGGCAGUAUGUGUGACGAUGUGUGUGUGUGUGUAAAUGUUUUUUGUUUCUGAAGAAUCUUUGUUUGUAGGAAAUUAAAUCAAGGGAUUCUACUGUGUAAAUCAUAGAAACUCAGAUUUCUCUCUCCUGUUGCAAAGACACGCUGGGUAUAUUUUUAGAUUUCCAGAUUAAAGUCCUUCAUUCCUGACCAAACUGGCCGUGAAAUCUGCUCUUGUUAACGUCACGUAUCUGCUCGCCUCUCUUUGUGUCUGUCAUGUUGAUGUUGUGGAGAGAUACAGUAGUAUGCAAAAGUAUAGGCACCCCGUCAACUUAUAUUAUGCUGAUUUUCUCAGUGAACACACAAAGUUUAAUAUUUGAAUAUAUUUAAAAUGUGUUUUUUUAUUAUAUUAUGAUUAGUGCAACAGACCUGCAAACUUUGAUAACUGUUAAACUAAUUUUAAAGUCAAAACAUGAUACACGUUUUGUACAAUGUCUAAUUUUGUAUGUGUGUCUUCUACACUGAGAAAAUGGUGCUUUGAAAUGGAUUUAAAUACACUAUAAUUUUUAAUGACAUUUUUAAUCACUUAGACUCAACAAAAUAUAAUUUGA